AUGAAAAGCGAGAAAUCUGCAGAUGCUUAUGGAACAUAUUUUCUUCUAAUAUCAACCAUUUUCUUGCUUUUCAUUGCACGACAAGCAAGUUCGUACCAAAUGCUCAUAUGUUUAGAUCUAAAUAUAUCAUGUGCCGACUGCCAAAAACAGUGCGACGAGACAAGUUAUGGAGGAAUGUGUUUAAAUGGAGGCAGAACUUGUUGUUGCAAAAAAAGUCCUCCGCCAUCAUAUUAUGAUCCUAGGCCCCCUUCUUCAUAA